AUGGUUAGCUCCCCUUCCCGCGGCCUGAUCUCCCAUUUCUGCCGCCCGAUAUCCCCUUUUCGCCUCCUCUCGCCUCCCCGCGCGUGCUCCUCUCGCCUCCGCGCGUGCUCCUCUCCCCUCCCCGCGCGUGCUCCUCUCCCCUCCGCGUGCGUGCUCCUCUCCCCUCCGCGUGUGUGCUCCUCUCCCCUCCCCGUGCGUGCUCCUCUCCCCUCCGCGUGCGUGCUCCUCUCCCCUCCGCGUGUGUGCUCCUCUCCCCUCCGCGUGCGUGCUCCUCUCCCCUCCCCGCGCGUGCUCCUCUCCCCUCCGCGUGCGUGCUCCUCUCCCCUCCGCAUGCGUGCUCCUCUCCCCUCCCCGUGCGUGCUCCUCUCCCCUCCCCGCGCGUGCUCCUCUCCCCUCCCCGUGCGUGCUCCUCUCCCCUCCCCGCGCGUGCUCCUCUCCCCUCCGCGUGCGUGCUCCUCUCCCCUCCGCGUGCGUGCUCCUCUCCCCUCCCCGUGCGUGCUCCUCUCCCCUCCCCGCGCGUGCUCCUCUCCCCUCCCCGUGCGUGCUCCUCUCCCCUCCCCGCGCGUGCUCCUCUCCCCUCCCCGCGCGUGCUCCUCUCCCCUCCGCGUGUGUGCUCCUCUCCCCUCCGCGUGCGUGUUCCUCUCCCCUCCCCGCGCGUGCUCCUCUCCCCUCCGCGUGCGUGCUCCUCUCACCUCUCCGCGCGGCCUGCUCUCGCCUCUCCUCGCGGCCUCCUCUCGCCUCCCCGCGCGGCCUCCUCUAACCUGCGUCCCUUCCAUUCCGACUUACUCUCCCCGCCAAAACCCAUCAGAACCUCUUCGAUCUUUGCAUCCAUCCAUUCGUCGAAGCGACCCUUCAAUAAUCAGGUAUUGCUGGUCCCUUUCCCCUGCCUCUCGUUUCACCACCCUCCUCCUCCACUUCUUUCCACUUUACUCCUCCGCUCUCCCCAUGCCUCUGCUCCGCAUUCCCUGCCUUGGACCGCAUUCCGUUCACAUUAAUUCCUCUGAAGUGUAA